AUGGAUGGCAGAGCAUUAUUUAUAAGAGUAAUUCACGGUCUGAUAGUUCUCGCUCUUUUAGCGGUCUUCGGUAAUAAUUUAUAUUCUCUACUUCAAAGGGUGAACAAAAUAACACAGUCGUUUUCUGUUGAAACAAAGAAUGCAUUGGUUCCUCCAGCAUUGACAUUUUGCAUUACAAGACAAGUGGCAUAUAGAUUUAGUUUAGAACUUUAUGGAAAUAUAGUUGCUACGGGAACCACACCUGCUGAUUAUCUUAGCACUUACAACAAUGAAACUGUGGAAUUAAAAGGUUUGACUAAUGCAGUUUAUAAAUGUUGGAUCAUAAAAACACCAGAUAAUUCUCCAGUUAUUAUAAAUCCAUCCCCAAAUCCCCUGGUGGAUGACAUACGAUUUAAUUAUACCCGAGUAUUCGACACUCCCGGACGAUUUCAACCUGCCGAUCCAAUUGUCCUAAAUGUUUUCGACCCAUUAAGACAAAGAACUAAUUUUGAAUUCAGCAAGUUUUUAUUACUUGAUACCGAUGUUAAUCGUGCGAUUAGUUUUUCACGAAUUGAGUCAUGCAGUAUAAAUCGAACUGUCACCACCAAUAUUAAAUAUAAUAUUAUAGAUGUGUUUAGAGACAAUCUUACAAUGACUACGCCUAAUGAUGCUACUAGCUCUAUUAGAAUUAGACCAGAUUCAUUCAACCUAGAAAUAACAACUGAUGUGCAACUCAUUGGUCCAUGGGAUGUCUUAAUAUUUAGUGUUACAUUACUAGGAGUAUUGUCAGGUUUUUACUUUGCUUUAGUUGGGCGAGAUAAUGAAUUUUCUAUUCAAGAAGAAGGUCGGAAGGAAAACUCAAACAUGGUUAUCUCAGAAAAAACGAAUGAACCGAGUAUUUCGGAAACUUUAAUGGUUUAUUUGGAUAGAUUUGAGCAUGCAAGAUAUGACAGAUGA